AUGUCGUCGCGCGACGCCUCUCAAAACCCAGUUCUACCUUCGAUACGUGUGUUUCCCUACCCAGACGGAGCCUUUUCAGCGCCGAGAUGCCGCUUGGAGGACAAUGAACCCAGGCGGUAUCGCCCUCCAGAAAACGGCGCACAAAUCGAACAGUUAGAGGAACCGAUCCGAACUCGGCCACGCUCUUGCGCUUUGAUGAUGAAAGACAGUGAUAUACAGUCGAGAUUCUAUCGGUUGGCUGUGUCGACUGUCCUUCUCCUUGCCAACUUCGCCAUCUAUCUUUCGUUCGUGGUCAUCCGUGUCUUUCGGGGUGCAUGGAUUUAUAUCGUGCUGAUUGCAAUACUUUUAUGUCUUGGUGUCAUAUGGUGUCAUGCUCUGAUUCGGUUCAUCAUGGGAAUCUAUCAUUUCCCGAAUAAUGGCGCGACCAACCGCACGCUUCUCCCACUAGACAUGGCGAAAGCUGCUAGCUAUGCUCAGCCAAACCAGCCUAUUCACGUCAUUAUGGCGGGGGACGACUCGGAAGAGCGGCUCUCAGAAAAUCACGGCGAUAUCGGUGCGCAAAUUACAGUGCCGCCGCCAGCGUACGGUCUUUGGCAAAGCAGUGUAAGGCUUAACCCUGACUUGCUUUUUUGGCAACGGGUCGACAAUCCAUCAUCUGUUCGAAGUGCUGCGAGGGAGGUCGAUGGUGUAGCGCCCAAGACCGAAGAAACCCUGCCACCGAACUACUUGUCCAACGAGGGUGUGAACAAUGUAGGUGGAGCGAAACCGUGA